ACAAAGCUUGCGUAUAGUUAGUGUUGAGGCUUCUCAUUGAGAAACCGGUGAUUGUUGUCCCUGGCAAGCAAGUACUGACAGAGGGAGAGGAGGCACCUGGGGUUCAGGAGACAUGUCGUCAUCCUUGAAGGCGAUGGACCGGGCCACCCCCUGGCCCCCUGGCCUGGCCCCGAUGGCCUGCUGCUGCUCCCGGGCCACGCUGCAGAGGUGGCUGCCCAUCCUGGCCUGGCUGCCCGACUACUCCAUGCAGUGGCUGAAGAUGGACCUCAUCGCGGGGCUCUCGGUCGGGCUCACGGUCAUUCCCCAGGCGCUGGCCUAUGCCGAGGUGGCCGGGCUCCCGGCCCAGUACGGCCUGUACUCCGCCUUCAUGGGGUGCUUCGUGUAUCUACUCCUGGGCACCUCCCGGGACGUGACGCUGGGCCCCACGGCCAUCAUGUCCCUCCUGGUGUCCUCCUACACCUUCCACGAGCCCGCCUACGCUGUGCUGCUGGCCUUCCUGUCGGGCUGCAUCCAGUUAGCCAUGAGCUUCCUGGGCCUGGGCAUCCUGCUGGACUUCAUCUCCUGCCCUGUCAUCAAAGGCUUCACCUCUGCCGCCGCCAUCACCAUAGCCUUCGGGCAGAUCAAGAACCUGCUGGGGCUGCAGCACGUCCCGAGACAGUUCUUCCUGCAGGUGUACCACACCUUCCGCAACAUCGGACAGACCAGGCCGGGCGACGUCGUGCUGGGGAUGGUGUGCAUGCUGCUGCUGGUGAUGCUGAAGCUGAUGCGCGGCCACGUCCCUCCGUCCUACCACGAAAUGCCCACCAGCAUGCGCGUCAGCUGCGGCCUGGUGUGGACUGCCUCCACAGCUCGGAACGCCCUGGUGGUCUCCUUCGCGGCGCUGAUCGCCUACUCCUUCGAGGUGACCGGGUGCCAGCCCUUCAUCCUCACCGGGAAGAUUGUCGAGGGGCUCCCGCCCCUGCAGGUCCCCCCCUUCUCUCUGUCCACCGCCAAUGGGACGGUCUCCUUCACUGAGAUGCUGCAGGACAUGGGGGCCGGGCUGGCCGUGGUGCCCCUCAUGGGCCUCCUGGAGAGCAUCGCGGUGGCCAGAUCCUUCGCGUCUCAAAACAGCUACCGCAUCAACACCAACCAGGAGCUGCUGUCCAUCGGCCUGACCAACAUGCUGGGCUCCUUCUUCUCGUCCUUCCCGGUCACCGGCAGCUUUGGACGGACGGCCGUGAAUGCCCAGUCGGGGGUGUGCACCCCAGCGGGCGGCCUGGUGACAGGUGUCCUGGUGCUGCUGUCGCUGGACUACAUGACCUCCGUCUUCUACUUCAUCCCCAAGACCGCCCUGGCGGCCGUCAUCAUCACAGCCGUGGUGCCCCUGGUGGACACCUCCAUCGUGGGCACGCUCUGGCGCGUGAAGAGGCUGGACCUGCUGCCCCUGGCCGUGACCUUCCUGCUGUGCUUCUGGGAGGUGCAGUACGGCAUCCUGGCUGGGACCCUGGUGUCCACGCUGACGCUGCUGUACUCCGAGGCCAGACCCAAGAUUCAGGUGCUGGAUGGAGAGGGGCCGGUGCUGAUUCUGCAGCCGACCAGCGGCCUGCACUUCCCCUCCGUCGAGGCUCUCCGGAAGGCGGUGGUGAGCCGGGCCCUGGAAGUGUCGCCCCCACGGUCCGCCAUCCUGGAGUGCAGCCGCGUCUGCAGCAUGGACGCCACCGUGGCGCUGGGGCUCAGCGAGCUGAUGGAGGACUUCGACCGGGCGGGCGUCACCCUCGUCUUCGUCGGCCUGCAGGGAUCCAUCCUCCAAGCCCUGCUGGCCGCCGACCUGAGGGGUGUCUGGCACUUCCCCACCAUGGAGGCAGCAGAGAAGUUCCUGAGUCAGGAGCCGGGGACCCAGCCCUACAACGUCGGCGACGAGUCGGUCCCCGAGCACACGGUGGCCCUGCUGAAGGCCUGAGGGGGACGCCGGGGGGACGCCGAGGUGCGGAGAGUUUGGAGGAAGGCUCUUGCCCUGGGGAGGCCGGGUGCCAGGCUGGCCGGAGGGUCCGAGGGGGCUGGAGUGGUGACCCUGUGGAGGAAGAGGAGGAAAGGGGGC